AUGAAUACUGGAAAAAUUUUGCUCAUAACUAUUGCUCUUUUAAGUUGUGCUUUGUCUGAAAGAAUAUCUGUACCUUUAAAGCUCAACAAUAAUAAUUAACUCUAUCUUACUGCUAAUGUAGGUAGCUCUGCCUAGUGCUAAGUUGAUUUCUUAUUAUCAAUUAACACUUGCAACAGCUCUAUACAAAAAUCUGCUAAAGAACUUGAAUAAUGUGGAGUAGAAUUUGUUGGUUUAAAUCCAUAUUUUAAGGGUUUAAAUUAUCAAUCUAAAAUCCAAUUAGGCAGUUAAUAAAAGGUCUUGAAUUUUACUGCUCCUAAUGGCAGUAAAUCCUAGUUCUAUGGUGAGAGUGUUUUGUGUUUAGGAUUCCAACGUUUCGAUUUUGAACUGAAUACUCUUUUGUAGCUUUAUUAAACAAAAUAAAUUUCUGACUAAAAAUUCUUCAUAACUUUGAAUAACCUCGCUAACUCUUAAACAGGACAAGUUAUUGGAUAAAUUGAUUUUGGUGCUCCUGAUACUUCAAUCACUACUAGCUAGUUUGUUAAUAUAAAAAAUGUGUUCAAUAUCAUAUCCUUUGAUGCUCUAUCUAGAGAUUACUUUACCUAUGGUAGUGCUAAAAUUUAUACUCAAACUUCUGUUUAUUUCAAUUUAGAUUCGCCUUUUUCAGGAAUUCCAAACAACUCUUUCUAGUUACUUUUAAAUAUUUUGAUGUAACAAGGUAUCAGUUAUGAGCUUGAUAGUCAACUAAACACUUUAUAUGUUAAAUCGAUUGAGUAACUUUAGGACAUAACAAUUUAAUUGGUUUAAUCAGACAGCAAGACAUUUUUACUCACUCUUAAACCAACUGAGUAUACUAGAAAAACAGCUGAUGGUAAAUUCUAAGUGUUAAUUUACCCUGUGUUCUCAUAGUAGCAAUCUUUCUACUUAGGCUACACUGCUUUACAAUCUUACUACAUUGGUUUUGAUUUAUAAAGCUAAUCAAUUUCUAUUGCUUAAAUAAACAAUAAUUAAGUUUGA